GGUUGGGCCGUGCUUUCUCUGUAGGUGGGAGGUGGGGCGUUGACGACGUCAACCGCCAAAAGUCCCUUCCCACUCACUGACACAGGGUAAGCACAAACCUGGAAGAGGAAGGCCUUGUGAUUGCUUCUGUUUCCAUUCCAGCUCUUCAGCUCCGCGCAGUUUGCAAGCAAGCACGUUCAACAGAAGUAAGUCCAGCUAUGUGUUGACGAUGCCGACCCCCAACGCUAUUUGCGCUUCCUGUCUCCGAACGAACCUGGGAACUGCCCCGCAGACCACCAAGCUACGCCGUUAACGUCGGAUUCACCGGCGGCUUUCUGCUUGCUGCUUGGGCUGCUACCGCAAUAGCGCUCUCAUCAUGUCCGUUCCACAGCACAAGCACGUGUACCAUAACGUGCAAGCGUUGCGUGGUGGGAAACCGGAGCUCGGUGAUGUUGCGUUGAGUGACUUCCACCUAGUUUUCCGGUUCCCGCCCGAGUCGAAGACGGCCGCCGACUCGCACGUGAAGAAGCAAGUCAAGCAGGUUUGGUUUGCCUUCCAUGUCAUUGCCCAGUGCACUCUGCGGCCGACUCCCCCUUCGAGUGGCGUGCCCUCUUCAAUACGCAUCCGUUUUAGAGACUUCACCUAUGUCGGCUUCAAUUUCGGCGACGACAGAGAGGCUCGGGACGCCUUUGAGUUCAUUCGAGCCAGGACAUGCAGGUUGGGGUCAACCGACAAGCUCCUGGCUUUCAACUAUUCCCCACCGCCAGGUUCUCCAGAGCUGAAGAUCGAUGGUUGGGACUUGUACGACCCCCGAGCCGAGUUCCGGCGCCAGGGGAUCAGCGAGAAAGCUGCGGACCUGGGUUGGAGGAUAUCUACCAUAAACAAGGAUUACACUUUCUGCCCGACGUACCCGGCGCUGCUGGUCGUGCCGUCCAAGAUCUCAGAUAACACCCUGAAAUACGCCGGCAACUUUCGAUCCCGCGCUCGGAUACCUACCCUUACCUACCUCCACCCGGUCAACAACUGCACCAUCACCCGGAGUUCGCAGCCGUUCGUCGGGCUUAGGAUGAAGCGCAGCAUACAAGAUGAGCGUCUCGUCGGCGCAUGUUUUUCUGCCUCGACAGAUUCCCUGGACAUCUCUUUGUCCGCAAAUCCAGAGCAUAGCCCAUCUUCGAGCCAGCUGGACCUGAGUGCGGAUGGGCUGGAUGCCGACAUCUCCCUGUCAGAGACGGAGCGGAUGGAGGAUGAGCUCAUUGCCAGUCCCAAUGCACUUUACGACGAGAAGACUGGAAAGAGACUGAUAUAUGGCGCCCAACAACACAACCUAAUCGUCGACGCCCGGCCUGCCAUCAACUCUUACGCCAUGCAGGCAAUAGGAAUGGGCUCGGAGAAUAUGGACUAUUACAGGUUUGCCAAGAAGAUCUUUUUAAACAUAGACAAUAUCCACGUCAUGAGGGAUUCCUUGGACAAGGUUGUCAGCGCCAUCAAGGACGCCGAUGUGUCUCCCUUCCCGCCGAACCGAGACCUUCUAGCCAAAAGCAAGUGGCUGAAGCACAUCUGCGGCAUCCUUGAGGGUUCGGCUCUUAUUGCGCGUCAGGUUGGCAUCCAGCACUCUAACGUGCUCAUUCACUGCUCGGAUGGCUGGGACCGCACGAGCCAGCUGAGCGCCUUGGCCCAGCUCAUGCUGGACCCGUAUUAUCGUACCAUUGAAGGUUUUAUUGUACUGGUUGAGAAAGAUUGGCUCUCUUUUGGGCACAUGUUCCAGUUGCGAUCAGGGCACUUGAGCCAUGAGAACUGGUUCGUGGUGGAUAAUGAUGCCCUGGCUGGCUCAACAGUCCGGCCCGGAGACAGCGAUAGUCGAGGAGACGCCCUUGAGAAUGCACUCGCGAGCGCCAAGCGAUUCUGGAACAAAAACAUGGGAAAUGAGAAGGAUGCUCCUGCUGAGGCUGAGGAAGCUUCAGUAGUUGACGAGGCGAAACAAGCGACUGCGCCGAUUGCCGAGGACCAAGCUACAAGGCCCAAAGACGUCUCUCCUGUAUUCCACCAGUUCCUCGACGCGACGUACCAGCUUCUACGGCAGCACCCGACCCGCUUCGAAUUCAACGAGCGCUUUCUUCGCCGCCUACUCUAUCACGUCUACUCAUGCCAGUACGGCACCUUUUUAUUCAACAACGAGCGGCAGCGGCGCGAGGCGAGACUGCGGGAACGCACCCGCAGUGUUUGGGCGUAUUUCCUGAGUAGGCGCCAGGAGUUCACGAACGAACAGUACGAGCCAACCAUCGACGACCAUAUGAAAGGUCGAGAGCGGCUUAUAUUCCCACGGAUAGAUGAGGUGCGAUGGUGGUACCAGGUUUUCAACCGCUCCGACGAUGAGAUGAAUGGCGAUAUCAACGCCUCGCUCGUGACAGCGGAGCGCGUUGCGGCCUAUCAAGCCUCUUCCGUAUUGUCGGAGCCGACCGCCGCUGGCCGGGAGAGCACAAGCAGCCAUUCCGAGGCCGGGUCUCGAGCUUCGAGUAGUCCCUCGCGCAGCCCGCAGCCGCCCGGCUUGCCUCAGAGCAGGUCGGUGCUCGCAGGAGUUGAGACUGCUCAUACGGCGCUUACCCCUGAUACGAGGACUGUGCCGUCGCUGAACCGUAGCGCAAGUUCGGGCGCAUUGUCAGGGCCGCUCGGGACACUACAGGAUAGGCUGUCUGGGCUGACCAUUGGCAAAGGGGUAUUUGGCGGCGUCGGCAGCUCGAGCACCGGUAGGAACCGCGGCGGCGGCCACAAUGCGGAUUCCAAUAAUAAGCCGCUUGUUAGUCACGAUAGCGGUUUCUCGGAGGAGAGCGCGAUGGAGCAGGAGAUGAAGAGCAUGGAUUGAGAAUCCGAGAUAAACACGACUUGUGCUAUUAGAAGCCAGGCUGUGUGUGAUUGCACCCAGCGUAGCGUUAUUUGAAUACCUCCAGUCUCACGAGGAACGCGAUCAUGAAUUGAGUAAUGACAUUUGAAAAGCGAACUUAAGAAGCUGCUACUGGACUCUGGGUUCCAUGUUAAUAAUCAGUUGGUUGACCCUCUUCCGUUGGGGUGGUCGUCUGUACUGUACAGUACAGUCCCUGUAGCGUACAGUCCAAUACAUACGAAG